AUGCCUACCAUAUCCGUCAACAAGUACGAUUUGUACAAGGCCUUGGGCCAAAACUUCACAACCCAGGAGUUUGAAGACCUCUGCUUCGAAUUCGGCAUCGAGCUGGACGAGGACACCGAAAAUGACGAGCGGCCCAUUGUCAAUGGCGUGCAAGAGCCGCCCCAGCUCAAGAUCGAGAUCCCCGCUAAUCGAUACGAUAUGCUGUGCUUCGAGGGAAUAGCGCUCAUGCUCAACAUCUUCAGAGGAACCGUCGCUGCCCCCAACUACAAGGUCGUCGAGCCCAAGAACCCCGAGACUCAGGUCAUCACCGUUGCCCAGGACACCGGCAAGAUCCGUCCCCUUGUCGCCGGUGCCAUCCUCCGCAAUAUCAAAUUCACCCAAGACAGCUACGACUCCUUCAUCGGUCUCCAGGACAAGUUACACAUGAACCUGGCGAGACAAAGAACACUGGUGGCCAUCGGAACCCACGAUCUCGACACGAUACAAGGUCCCUUCACAUACGAGGCUUUACCCCCUAAGGAUAUCAAGUUUAAGCCCCUGAACCAGACCAAGGAGAUGGACGGCGAGGAGCUGAUGCAGUUCUACGAGGGUGACAAGCACCUCGGCAAGUACUUGCACAUCAUCAAGGACUCGCCCGUUUACCCUGUCAUUUACGACAAGAACCGCGUCGUCUGCUCCCUGCCGCCCAUUAUCAACGGUGACCACUCCAAGAUCACCGUCGACACCAAGAACGUCUUCAUUGAGAUGACAGCCACCGACGCCACUAAGCUCGAUAUCGUAUGCGACAUGAUGGUCACCAUGUUCUCGCAGUACUGCUCCGAGCCCUUCACCGUCGAGCCCGUCAAGAUCGUCUCCGAGCACAACGGUGCUUCGAGAACGACACCCACCCUGGCGCCCCGCAACAUCGAUGUCGAGAUCGACUACCUCAACGCCUGCACUGGCCUCAACGAGUCCCCCGAGACUCUGUGCAGGCUCCUCACUAAGAUGGCCUACAUCGCUAAGCCUUCUACCAAGGACAGCAACCUCCUGACCGUGUCCAUCCCCGUCACCCGUGCCGAUGUGCUCCAUCAGUGCGAUGUUAUGGAGGACCUGGCCAUCUGCUACGGAUACAACAACCUUCCUAGAUCUUCCCCCAACAAGAGCGCAACCAUUGGCGCUCCUCUUAUGAUCAACAAGCUCGCCGAUAUUGUCCGGACAGAAGCCGCCAUGUCCGGCUGGAGCGAGGUCAUGCCUCUGAUUCUUUGCAGCCACGACGAGAACUUUGCUUGGCUCAACAGGGAGGACGAUGGCAAGACCGCAGUCAAGCUUGCCAACCCCAAGACCGCCGAGUACCAGGUUGUGAGGACAUCCUUAGUCCCCGGCCUCCUCAAGACCAUCCGUGAGAACAAGAAGCACAGUGUACCCAUCAAGAUUUUUGAGUCGGCGGACGUCGUCUUCAAGGAUGAGUCCCUGGAGCGCAAGGCUCGCAACGAGCGCCACUUCGGUGCCGCCUGGUACGGCAAGACAAGCGGCUUCGAGAUUGUACACGGCCUCCUCGACCGCAUCCUCCUGAUGCUUCGCACUGCCUUCCUCGCCCACGACGAGGGUUUGACGGCCGGCAAGAGCGUUGACUUCAAGAUCGUCGAGAACCCCAGCAAGCCUGAUGGUUACUGGAUUGAGGAGAUCGACGAGGCCACUUUUUUCCCUGGCCACGCGGCUGCCAUCUAUCUGCGCCUCGGAGGCAAGGAGGCGCGCAUCGGCGAGUUCGGCAUCCUGCACCCCACCGUGCUGGAGAAGUUUGACUUGAAAUACCCCGUGAGUACCCUCGAGAUCAACCUCGAGGUCUUCUUGUAG